AAGGCAGGGAAAACUCUGAAUAUAUACAUGUGUGACCUUAAUUUCAUUGUGCUGGCUCUCUUCUCUUUGCAAAGAACAAAGUCUCUUUUUGUGAAUUUCUGUCAAUAGAAGCCAGGUGUUUUUUUUUGUUGUUGUUCUGCACAGCCUGUGCCACAAAGAGGAGGGGCACGAAAGGAGGCUGGAAGGCAAGGAGGAGAGGAAAAUAGGUUUGGUGGAGUUGGAGAAGCCGGGAGGCUAACGGUAGAUUUUGAAGAGAAACACGAUGACCAAACGGAUUGUCGAGUCUAUUCAGUAUGGAGGAGUGACUUUUCCCAGCAUCGUGCAUAGUGAAGAGAGUGUUUGCUACGCUCACAAGAGUUUUGAAGUGCGGGAUAGUGAUGUCUUCAACAUUACGUACCCCAAAUCUGGAACAACUUGGAUGCAAGAAAUUCUUACUUUGAUCUAUAGCAAUGGAGAUCCCACAUUCUCACAGACAGUUCCUUCUUGGGAACGGGUGCCCUGGAUUGAACACAAGACAGCAACGCAGUACUUGGAGAACCGGCCUGACCCUCGGCUCAUUACCUCUCAUUUGCCUGCAACAAUCUUUCCAGAAAAGUUCUUCUCUUCGCAAGCUAAGGUGAUUCCAUUUGUCCGUAUAUCUAGCGGGUGUGCAUAUAUAAAGGAAAUAUUGAUUCAUUAUACAAGCCAUGGACUGUUUAACAAUGAAUUCAGUUGUAGGAUCCAAUCUGAGUUAGUCACCAGGACCAGAAGUUUAGCUUUUACAUUCAUGUUGCUCCGACCCUCUGGAACGAGCUCCCCGUGGAGGUUCGAACCCUCACCANACAUCUUCAAGUUGCCAAGUCUAUUUCUUACAGAGAAUGAAAGACCUGGACAUGAGAACAUCACCCUCAUGGGAGAUCAAAUGCAGGUCUUCUGGAAGAUUACUAUUCCCAUUGAUAAGGAUUAUUUUGCUUACUAUAUUAAAAUCUAUGCAGUUACAAAAAAAUGUUUUCCUUUUUAUUUGCUUACCCCAGUUCUCUUUGGCACCUGGUUUGAUCAUGUCAAAAGUUGGUUGGCCUACAAAAAUGAGAAAAAGUUUCUCCUUCUGGUCUAUGAUGAAUUGCUAAAGGAUCUACGUGGCAGUGUUCUUCGCAUCUGUGAAUUCCUAGGCAAGAAUUUGGAUCCUGCUAUGGUUGACUCAGUGGUGGAAAAUGCUUCCUUUAGAGUGAUGAAGAACAACAAGAUGGUAAAUUACACCCUGGUUCCUGAAGAUUUGAUGGAUCAAAAGAUCAGCACUUUCAUCAGGAAAGGCAUUUCUGGAGACUGGAAAACUCACUUUACUGAAGAGCAGAGUGCUGCUUUCCACCAGCUCUACCGGGAAAAUAUGAAUGGUCUAGAGACCAAGUUUCCUUGGGAUGAAUUCCAGGUUGAAAAACAUCAGGAAACGUGAGAUUUUGGAGGGCAAAGGGUACUGCUGCAAUCCAAAAAUGCCAAACUUUACGAAUCAAAAUAACAUAUUUCAUUCAAAAUAGGUAGUCCUCAAAUUAUGACUGCAAUCUGGAUCAGGAUUGCUGUCACUAACAGAUACAAUCAUAAAGCACAACCUCACAUGACCACAUGAUUUAGCAACAGCAAUCCAGACCUAGUUAUUGUUGUAACCCAAGAUAUGCAAGUUAUUAUGUGUAAAGCAUAACAAGUCCCAGGUUAGGAGUUAGCAGGUGCCACUGGGGGUGGGGUG